CCAAAUGGCAGAGGGGUGCCCUCUCCCGUCCAACGACCACAAGAUCAGCCAUCAAAUUAGAGAAACGGUGCGCGUCGUUAUCACCGGUCUGUGGACUGAGCUUUUCUUUUGCUUUCGGUCCGUCAUUGCGCAAUCCGACAGAUUUGACUUUUGACCGACGUGUCAACGGAAUCUUGGUGAUUAUAAUCGUGAUUUUGAACGUCAUUAAUUUUCAGUCUUUGUGUGUCUGGAUUUCAUCAACAGAAGCCUUGCAUCAACUCUUUGACCCUCUGCCACCUUGUCGGGUUUUCCUUUCCAUCGGAAGACGCAAAAUAAGUCUUAGCCUAUUUUAAUGGGAAAACUGUACUAACGGAAAUGAGCUCAGUGGCGUAGACUAGACUAGUUGCAGUGCUCGCAGCACGACUUUUCCCACACCCCGAACCAUGCCAGUGGAAGAUCCUGAGGAAAACGUAAAGGUUCUCUAACGCUUCGUCUCGGUCAAGAUGUUUGCCGGGAUGGUCACUCUGGAAUGUCAGAACACAUCGAUGGCAAACACCGACGGCGUUCACUGUCGCCGGUGUACACUUGUGGAUGGUGGCCCAGGUGCCUCGGCGGUUGGUGUCUGCCGCAAGAGAAGCCAGCGGAGGCCUGGGUACAUGAGGGCCGAGCUGCCCCGACAGCUGGUCACCAUCACCAGGGCGGACGAGGACAGAACGCCCGGCCUGCCCAAUGCACAGCAGCCUGUGGCUGAAACCCGCAAAGCCUCUGCCACGUGUGCCAGGAGAGGUGGCCAAGUCAACGGUGCUUCGCCUGUCAAGGCCAAGUGUCAUCGGCCACUGCCAGCAGAGGAGCAAGGAGCAGAGGCCCAGAAUGGUCAGACACAGAGUUUUUCUUUCUCUCGUAACGGCAUCUGUUCAGGCAGGGGCUCGUCCGGUGUAGGUUCACCGCCCUGCUCCUCAUACCACUCAGGGUCUCCCCAGACCUCUCCAGCAAGGGAUACUUUCAACUCCAGCUUCAGCUUCAUUCAGAUGUCACUGGAUGCAAGCGGGAGCUUGGAUGGAACGUUUACUGACUCUCCGUCUAAAGACUCUUUAGGUCAACUGGCACCUGAGCCUCCUUCAAAUACACUUAAAUCUUCAGCACUUGACCACUCACUUGGUAGCUCUUACAGACCUGAGCAAACAAGGCUCGAUUUAGCAAGAAGGGACCAAUCACCAUCAAGAACUAGAAGCUCUGACCAAUCAUGGACCAGUUCUCAGGUCACAAGCCAAACCUCAGGCAGUCAGUCACUCCCUGGUUUAAGUUUAGCCACUGAGGACCCUGCUUCUGUGCCUGGUAAAAAGGCAGAGAAGGUGCAGGAUUUGUACUUGGGCGGUGACUCAUGGAGGGGGGCCGGCGUCAUGUCCUGGAGCAGCCGGGAGAUAAUGUCGCCCUCCAUGGCCUCGAAGGACACAAGGGAGAGUCCUCCCGACUCAGACUGCUGCUCCCUGGAUGCUGAGGCCACGUCCUCCCUGUCCAUGGACUCCUCUGACGCUGCCUCUGCGUCCUCGUUGACCUCGUUGACCUCGAUGACCUCGGGGUAUGAGAGCACCACUCCAUCCUCUGACCAGACCUGGGACACCCUCCUGAAGAAGUAUGAUGGUGUGCUGCAGGAAUGCCUGCAGAGCACCCGAACAAAUACUAAGGUUGAAUCCAUGAUGUUGAAACUUCAGAGACUACAGCAGAAGGCCGUGCUGGAUGACGACUAUGAUUCAGCGGAGCGCUUUGGGAAAAAGUUGGAGGAGCUGAGGAGAGAACGGGCUUCCCUCCAGCCGGGCCUCCCCUCCAGACACCCAGCCGUGUGUGGCCUCCUGGACCGGCUCUGCACAGCUGUGAACAGUGCCCUCCAGAGGACAAAUGCAGAAUGCAGGGAUAUGGCAGAGACGUCUGGAUGUCUGGACGCCCCGAGCAGUGCAGAGAGUCCCCAACAGAGGAAGGAGCAUUUGCUUCAGGAGAAGCGGCUCAUCGAGGCUGAGGUCUGUGAACUGCGCGCGCGGCUGGCUGAGCUGGAGGAGCGCAGCGCGGCUCUGGACGAACGGAUCGCCUGUGAGGAGCAGCAGCAGGAGCUGGAGGAGGUGGAGGGCCCUGUGCUGUGCAGCUGCACCCCGGCGCACCUCCGGCAGAUGGGCCGCGCUCUGGAGGACCUGCUCAGCUCACAGCACCGCAUGCGCAUCUGCCUCUCAUUGCCACCUGUGCUCCACAGACUCCAGGAGCAGGAGCAGGCACUGAGCCUGUCCAUUAAGGAAGCCACUGCCAAAGUGGUGAUGAGCCAGAGGUUAGGGGCCAGUCUCAGGAGGAAGGUGAGCGAGAGCGAGACCCAGCUACUGGCGCUCCAUGAGGCCAAGCUGGCCGCCAUCUCAGGGAACGACUUCAGCAGUGCGAAGGAGCUGAAGGCGGAGAUGAAGGCCGUGUACGGAGAGAGGGAGCGUCUGGACGGCCUGGCUAAGAAGCUGCAGGCCCUGACUGGGGGCGGCUCCCAGGACCUGGCCCGCAUGAAGGAGCAGCACAGCCAGCUCAAGCAGGACCUGGAGCACAGGGAGGCCCAGCACGAGAGGACUCUGAAGGAAAACACGGCAAAGUACAUGGAGCUUCUGGAAGACAGACUUCACAGCUGUGGCAGCCCAGCGCUGGAGCGAGUAUGGGAGGCUGACCUGGAGGCCUGCCACCUCAUCCUGAGAGGCCUGCAGCUCCGCACCCCCAGCUGUUCGGGCCCCGAUAGCGAGGAGGUCCCCCCUUCGCCCGCCCAAGGUCCGCUCACCCAGACAUGCGCCAAAGCAGAGGCGGACUGCGCCAUGUUGACUGCCCUGGGGGGUCGCUGGUGUCCAGAAGCCAAUCUGCAGCACUCUGAAUUCACCAAGAAAUUAGAAGAGUUCCUGUUCUGCUUGGAGGACAGUCACACAGAGGACUUGAAUAGCGAUGUAGAGGAUGUGACAGGCCAGUGUGAGAGGAUCAGUGAGCAGCUGCUCUUGCUGGAAGACCAACUGCAAGCGGCCAUCGACAACCAAGACCACCAGCUUACACUGUCCUUGGAGAGGGAGGUGUUGGAGGUGAAGGUCACCCUCCAGGCAAUGCUGAUGCAGCUGAAGGAUAAAGACGAGGAUGAGGAGGAUGAGAAGGAGGACCAUGAUGAAGAGCCGGAGGAGGAAGUGGAAGUGGAGGACGAUGAGCAAUAUCAUGACAUCAUGGAUGAUGUGGACACAGAGGACGAUCAUUACUUCAGUGAUAACUGGGAGAUCUGAGAAUGUGGAACUGUGCGUCAUAAGAAGCCUUGAGGACUGAAGCCUUGAGAGCUGAAUCAUUGAGAACUGAGGCCUUGAGGCUGAGUUCAUCAGAUCUGGUAAAUCUUGAAGAUGGGCCCACCGCCCCUGCUGAAGAGAGGACAUUAUCUAACACCUCAUCAUUAAUGAUCAUCUGAGGCCAGCCUUUCAUACACAUUCCUCGCUAGUUUUGCCUGUGGUAGCAUUUACUUUUUUUUAUCACUGAUGUGUGUGUGAGUGUGUGUGUGUGUGUCUUUGUGUCUUUGUGUCUUUCUGAUCAUUUUUCAUCAAUAGGGAUGUUGUUGAUUAUGUAGUCUUAGAAUAAUCAGCAUGAAAUGUAGCCUAUUUGGUCACUGACCCAUGUUUCACAAAUUGUACUUCACAGUAUGCACAAUAAUUUUACUUAAGUUUACUUUACUUAUUUCAUUAUUUAUGCAAUACAGGUUACACAGUAGUAGUUUCACUUUACAUUUACAAUAUGCAAGACUUGCUGUAAGGGGGUUGUGGUCAUAUGUUAUUACUGCGUUAUUACAUAUUGUUUCACUAGUUUCUUUUGCAUUUGUCUUUUAACUCAACACCUGUAUUUAAGUGUGAGCCUUUUUUUUAAUGGAUAUAGUUAGACAGACCCUGUAAGGAUCUACCCCUGUAUGAGACAGGCACACAAGACAUGGCUCCAACUUGAAAUAGGAAUAUUUGAUUUGAUGCAGCAAUCAAUAGGCCCACUUACGUUGCUUGUAUUUAUUUUGGUUUCUAUGUUUUUUUAAAACAUUCCAUAAAGUUUUUGUAUGCUUGUAUGGGACUUAUUUAUUGUUUUUCAUAUUUAAUGUAUUCUUAUUUUUUGAAUAUUCGUUUACACUGAUUGUUUUAUUUUUUAUUUCACAACAAAAUCGUUUUAUAAUGCAAUUGACAUCACAUUUUAGGCUAACACAUAUAUAUACUUUCUCUGAGGUUAAGAUGCAAACUUAUUCAAAUCCUUUCCGUAGAUUAUGUUAGUGUUAUGACCAGUGUAGGAAAUGACCUGGUGGCAAGGCAAUCAGGGUGUACCCCUUACAUACCUCCAGCGUUACACCACACCUAGGGGAGAGGUUGAAAAAUAUUCUGUCUUACCUUUAAAAAGAGUGGACCACAAAGAACCCCCAAAACUUAUCUGUUGAGGCUUUCUGGGGGUCAGAAGUGUCAAUCAGGGGGUCUUGCACCUCCCAAGACCUGCCAUAUUUUACAUUAUUCAUUUGGCAGAUGCGUUUAUCCAAUUUUUUGCAUCCUGCUUAUGACACAUUUUAAUGGAUAAAGCACAUUUAAAUGGAUGUAGCAUUUUGCUGAUGACGAUUGGACAAAAAAUAUUAAGUAGUCCAUGAUUAAAGCAAUUUUGGUGCAUCAUCAACUUAAUUAAGCUAACAGUGUUAGAACAGGCUGUGUCUGCACAAAUGUGUUUUCUUUGCUUGUUUGAAAAAGCGUGUGGGAGAUGUCUUUUGUAAUUUUGUACAUCAACUUUGGUCAUUGUGGUAUUUUUUCUCUUAUUAAGCACUUUGUUAUCAUUAUGAAGGAUCUUACUCUUAGGUUUUAAAUGCAUUGUGCCAGCUAAUGAAGUCCUUCCACUCUUAACAAGCACAGUUUGGGUUGAAUGUUUAUUUCUUGGCUUUUACCUGUAACAGCUCCAAAACCACUGUAGCCACUGGUGUCUUAUUCUUCCUCUUAAAACCUUACCAAUCUUAAAAUGAUAUCUAUAUUGCAUUCCCCUUUUUAAGCUUAUUGUGCAGAGGUAUGAUUAUACAUUGUAUGUAAACAGUUAAGUUAAAGACCAAUGACAUGUAUUUUUAUUCACUUUCUGAAAAAUAAAAGAAGGAACAUGAAUCAAAUUA